AUGAAACAGCACACACUUCAAUUAGAAGGAGUAACUCUUGAUGUUCCGAACCAGAACUUGUCCUCCAACGAGAAAUAUGCUAGGCUAAUUAAUGGUCUGACUGCAGACUUUAAGUCUGGGAAUGUGUAUGCAUUCAUGGGGACCAGUGGAAGCGGAAAGACAACAACGUUGGAGACCAUUGCAGGACUAGUCCCGAGCGGAUCCAGAACAGGAGGAAGAAUCCUGGUAGACGGGCAAGAAAGAAAUCCUGAUGAGUUUCCUUAUGAAUUUGCAUAUGGAGACCAGCUGGGCUACAUCAUUGACGAACUGACUGUUGAAGAGUUUGUCUACUACUAUGUAGUAUCCUCUCUUCCAGAGGAAAGCAAAGAGCGUGUCAGGGAAAAGAUGGAUGAGGUAUUGGAGAAUCUCCUUAACAUAGGCCAUAUUAGGCACAACAAGAUGAAGAAUAUCUCUGGGGGAGAGCAGAAAAGGGCAAAUCUUGCAAGGACCUUUACCAAGAUGCUUUUGCUGGAGGGAGAGCUAAAGGUAGUGCUUCUUGAUGAGCCAACCAGUGAGCUUGACGCCGGGCUGGCACUGAAGUUGGGAGAGUUCCUCCGCGAUUAUGCCAGGAGGAGUAAUUCCAUCGUGCUCGUAACUGUUCACCAGCCAGGGGCAGAGCUUUACAAUACCUUUGAUAACCUCCUGUUCAUGAACAACGGGGAAAAGCUAUAUCUAGGGCCUUCACGUGAUUUUAUCAAGUUCUUGGGCACCAAGGGAAUCCACAACGACGGUGGGCCAGAGACUAACAUGGAGUUUCUCUUCAGCCUUUUCACGAAAGGGUCCAAGAUGUCGAAGAAAUACGAGAAGCAACUUGAGCAGAUAGCCAAGGAAAUGAAUGAGGAAAAGAAGGAAGAAAAGAAGCUCAGAACCUCUGACGACACAGAGAUUAAUUUUAUCCCCAAUCUCUAUGUGUCCUUCCAGAUGGCCAUAAGGCAGAUAAUUAUAGACUGGAGGAAUCGGGAAAUCUUGUACAGUCUUGCUAUGCCCAUCGCCAUGGCUCUUUUCCUUGUUACCGGUAAGUAUAUAUACAAGGACUUUUCUAUCGCUACUAUUAAGGCAUCUAUGCUGUCUCUUUCUCUGUAUUAUGUAAUGAAUCCAUCUGGACUGAUGAACGAUAAACACUAUGUCACUGAGGAAUCCAAUAGAAAGCUAUAUGGUGCUGCAGAGGUGUGGUUCUCUUCAUUGAUCUCUGAUACUCUCGUAUCUAUUUUGAAGUACUGCAUUUUCUUUGGAAUUAUAUAUGCUUUUGGGUUAAUUAGUAUGGACCAUGCGUUCCUUGGACAAGUACUUAUGUACACUUUGGGAGGUACUGUAUCCUCCAUGUUAUUCAGGUCUAUGGCCAGUCCUCUAUCAACUCUUGGAAAAGUUUUUAAUACAACCAUGGUGCUUAUGUUUCAACUAUCUGGGGCUUUACUUGGAGCCGGGGCUUUACUUGGAGCCCUUACUUUAUGGAUCAGUGUUAUUCCUGAAGGAUCCAUUCCUCAGGAGGAAAUUGAUGCGUUUAUUAGUAACUUUUUUGAUAGUACGGGUAGUACGGGUAGUACCAGUAUAUUCUCUAAGGUGGGAUCCUGGGUAAUUCGUUUUAUAUGCCUUGUUCCCAAGGUAGUUAGGUCAUUCCUAAGGAUCUUGUUCUUGAUGUUCCAUCCUUUUGCUUUUUUCCAUUCAUCUAUCUUGGAUGCAGAAAAAAGUUCAUACAAGCUCUUUUUUUGA